GGGGCGGCGGGCAUGUGACGGUUGGUACGGAAGCCGGGCGGCCGGGCCGGGCGGUGCGGCGGGGCGGGGAGGAUGAGCCUGGGGAAAGCGGAGCUGUGCGACAGUCUGCUGCUAUGGCUCCAGACGUUUCACGUGCCAUCACCUUGUGCCACCAAGCAACAACUGACCAGUGGAGUUGCAAUCGCUCAGGUUCUUAAUCAUAUUGAUCCCUCCUGGUUUAAUGAAGCCUGGUUAGGGCGCAUUAAGGAAGACAUCGGAGACUGGAGGCUGAAGGUAAGCAACCUGAAGAAAAUCCUUCAGAGCAUGUUGGAGUAUUACCAUGACGUUCUGGGACAACAGAUCUCGGAGUACAAUUUGCCAGAGGUCAGUCUAAUAGGAGAGCACUCGGAUGCAGCGGAGCUUGGUCGAAUGCUGCAACUUGUGCUGGGCUGCGCAGUCAGUUGUGAGAAAAAACAAGAAUACAUCCAGCACAUCAUGACACUUGAAGAAUCUGUACAACAUGUUGUAAUGACAGCCAUCCAGGAGCUUUUGACCAGGGACCCUUGUGAAUCAGUACAAAGCGACAACUAUAGUGAUGUGGAUGGCCAGUUGAAGAGAUUCAGUUUGUGUGAUGAUGUGGAGUCAAGGGAUGAGCUCUCUCAGCGCUGUCAUGAACUGGAUCUUCAGGUUGCAACUCUUCUGGAGGAAAAGAACAGCUUAUUGGUGGAGAACAAAGUUCUGCGUGAACGGAUGAGCCGGUCUGACUCCCUCGAGGAUUCGACCAGUGUCACCAACAAAAAACUCCUGCUGCUGCAGAGCCAGCUGGAGUUGCUGCAAGAGGAGAACUAUAGAUUGGAAGCAAUCAAAGAUGACUUCCGUAUCCGGUGUGAGGAGAUGGAAAAGGAGGUGCUUGAACUGCAGCACAGGAACGAUGAGCUCACCAGUCUGGCUGAGGAAUCCCAGUCUCUCAAAGAUGAAAUGGACAUAUUACGGCAUUCUUCAGACAAAGUAAGUAAGCUUGAGGCCACUGUGGAGUCCUAUAAGAGGAAGCUGGAGGAUUUAGGAGACCUACGUAGACAAGUCAAGCUCCUGGAGGAGAGGAACACUGUCUACAUGCAGAAGACCUUCGACUUGGAGGAGGAGCUGAAAAAAGCAAAUUCUGUACGCAGCCAGCUAGAGGUUUACAAGAGACAGGUCCAUGAGCUUCACAACAAGCACACAGAAGAGUCGAUGAAAACAGAAAAGUGGCAGUUUGAGUUCAAGCACCUGCAGGAGAAGCAUGAUGCACUGCUGAAAGAGAAGGAGCGGUUAAUAGUGGAACGCGACGGCCUCAGGGAGACCAAUGAAGAGCUGAGAUGUGCACAGACACAGCAGAAGUUCUUGAGCAAAGCUGCAUCUGAUGAAGAUUUAUCAGUGGGAAAUCUUGCAGCGGAGAUGGUUCCUGCAGAGCUCCAGGAAAAAGUUAUACGGCUGCAGCAUGAGAACAAGAUGCUGCGUGUACAGCAGGAGGAGACUCGCAAGGAUCGGUUGACAGAGUUCCAGAGCGUACUGGAUGAGGCCAGCAGGCACACCCACAAACUGCAGAAUGAAAACAGGUUGAACCAGCAGCAAAUCACUGAGUUACGGUCUCAAGUGGAACAGCUCCAGAGGGCUCUACAGGAACAGGGAAGCAAAGCCGAAGAUUCUAAUUUGCUGAAACGGAAACUGGAUGAACACUUAGAGAAGCUGCAUGAAGCCCACACUGAGCUACAGAAAAAAAGAGAAUACAUUGAUGACCUCGAACCCACAGUGGACAGCUACACAGCCCGUAAGAUCGAUGAGCUGCAGGAGGUUUUGAAGAAGAAAGAUGAGGACAUGAGGGCUAUGGAGGAACGCUACAAGAAGUACCUGGAGAAGGCACGGACGGUGAUUCAAACUCUCGAUCCAAAACAAACUCCAGCAACUGCUCCGGAAGUUCAAGCCUUGAAAAAUCAGUUGCAUGAGAAAGAGGUUAAGAUUCAGUUGUUAGAGAAUGAUUUUGAAAAAAACAAAUCCCAGAGAGAUCAAGAGGAGAAAUUAAUCAUCAGUGCCUGGUACAAUAUGGGGAUGGCUCUCCACCAGAAAGUAACAGAGGAACGGUCCCGGGGUCCUGGCCAAUCACUGUCGUUCCUGGCUCAGCAGAGACAAGCAACUAAUGCACGGCGGGCACAUCCAAAGCGGUUGCAGCAGUCCGUACUGCGAUGAGUGUGGAGAGAAUUACCGUACCUCAAUGCAACCUUAGUCCAAAACACUGACUGUUCUAUUCAAAAGAUUAAUGAGUUUAUCAUUUCCACGUCCCCACCUACCACCCUUACAAGGGUUCUCAAUCAAUAUGUAGGAGAGUUUUAUAUAAUAGCUCUGCCAUUAUAAUCAGAGUGGAGAUUUGGGGGUAAAAUCAUGGUGAUCAUCUCUCUGGGGAGAACUGUUCAGGGAAAUCAAAAGCAAUAUCCUGCAGAUGCUGACCAUCUGAAAUAAAAGCAGAGAAUGUUGGAAGUGCUCAGCAAUUCCAGGGAGCGUCUUCAGACGGAAAUGGUUUAUGUUUCAGGGCAGUGUGUUUUCAUCAGGUCUGGUAAUGGACCGACAGGUGACUGCACAAGCCGUGCUUUCCAUGACCACUGAUUUCCCCAUCACUGUGUCUCUAUCUUCCCUGAACUUUCUCAGAGACUGUUUGACCAUUUCUCACUUCCCCCACCUCCACUACCCACCACCCUGACUGAGUCAAUCCAAGUUUGCCUGGAAACGACAGAGGAAUUAAUUGCACACAAGGGCUGGUUAUUGUUUCCCUUUCUGAUAACACUAAUUUGCAUAGUACAUUAAGUCCUUAAGCUAUCUCUGUUUUCCUUCUAAGAUCUGUGCUUCAGUUUAAAAUGCAAAGAGUGUCUGAGUUCCAUUUGGUAGCUUUGCAAAAGCAGUUGUCGGUCUGAGUGGUAACGAUAGGCUGCUCAGAAACUAAAGUGGCAUCAUGUUUGCCCAGGAUACGUGCACUUUACUGUAACCGGUUCCUGCUUGGUCUCGAUUGGUGCAAACGAUGAGUGUGUGUCGAACUGGAGGGGGAUUUGCCCAGCCCUUUGGUUGUAAUGGAAUGUGCCUUUCCCUUGAAUAAUGUGUUUUUCUCUCUGCCUAUUGCUGAAGAAAUUAAACUUUUGUUUUAAUGAUUCUCUUGUCCUUCUGGAUAAUUAAGCAGAGCUGAAUUUUUACUGGGCUUAUCUGGCUAAUUGAUUUUUGUUUUUGCUGUUGCUGUGAAGUCUGUUUUCAGUACUGUAGGGGGUGGACUGUAAAACUGAACAGAAAUCAUUAAUGGAACUGAAUUCUUCAAAGAAAAUAUUUUAGUUUCAAUUUAAACUGAAUGUAACGUGCAGCUGUACUGAGGACAGCCACUAGAGAGGAAUUAUCAAGUCUAGAUAGUACAUUUGUUAAAUAAAGUUUUUGUCCUUUAUAUG